AGGGCAGAGGCGGGCAGCUGGAUGCGGGUUAAACCGAGAAACACGGGACUCACGCUGCUCAUAUUCGGCGAGCGCCGAGCGCACAUGCAUGCAUCUGGAUGCUGAAACCCGAAGACCUGAUCUCCAGCUCCUCUGAACACAUCCAGAGCGAGAGAAGCAGCUCAAACGCGCUCUUAUACAGUGCGUGCGUGCGCGCUCUGAGUCUGAACUAAUGAGCAACUCAUGCAGAGGAGUGUGAGAGAGAGAGCGCGCGUAGAUGAGAGCUAGAGGGCGGCGGCGCAUCGCUCCAUUCCUCCAGUCCCGGGACCUUCUCCUGAUCUCUCCCGUGAGGAACACACGCUGAACUUGGGACGCGUAACGGCGUCGGUCCUCCGCGCACCACCACCGCAGCUCCGAACCAAACCGAAGAGGGGAACCGAAUAUUCCGCGCUGAGGAGUUUUCCAAACUCCAAAGUCAUGGGGAAAAACAGACGCCAGAGAUUUGGAUUGGGAUUAGUGCUUCUCUUUCUGUGGAUUCUGCUGAAAAUAGUUGACGCGCAAGGUGAUGAUGACUUCCUGUUGGGUUUGGGAGAGCUGCCAGAGACCUUCCCGAGCGACCCGCCGGAACCGCUCCCACACUUCCUCCUAGAGCCGGAAGACGCUUACAUCGUCAAGAACAAAGCUGUCAAUCUCUUCUGCACGGCAACGCCAGCCGCACAGAUCUACUUCAAGUGCAACAGCGAGUGGGUCCAUCAGAGAGAGCACACGAUAGAGGAGCGUGUGGACGAGACGUCGGGUUUGGUGGUGAGGGAAGCACGGAUUGAGAUUUCCCGACAGCAGGUGGAGGAGUUGUUUGGUUUGGAAGAUUACUGGUGCCAGUGUGUCGCCUGGAGCUCUGCAGGAACAACCAAGAGCCGCAAGGUGCACGUCCGCAUCGCAUUCUUGAGGAAGACGUUUGAACAGGAGCCCUUGGGGAAGGAAGUGUCACUCGAACAGGAAGUGCUGCUGCAGUGCCGCCCACCCGAGGGCAUACCGCCUGCUGAGGUGGAAUGGCUGAAGAACGAAGAGAUCAUCGAUCCUGCAGACGAUCGGAAUUUCUACAUCACCAUCGAUCAUAACCUGAUCAUCAAACAGGCACGGCUUUCCGACACCGCCAACUACACAUGCGUCGCUAAGAACAUCGUUGCUAAGAGGCGUAGCACCACGGCUACCGUGAUCGUCUAUGUGAACGGAGGCUGGUCCACAUGGACCGAGUGGUCGACGUGUAACAGUCGCUGUGGGCGGGGCCUUCAGAAACGAACCCGUAGCUGCACCAAUCCUGCGCCUCUGAACGGGGGGUCGCCGUGUGAUGGACAGGCCAUCCAAAAGAUCUCCUGCACGUCAGUGUGCACAGUUGAUGGCGAGUGGGCUGACUGGAGCAAGUGGUCGGCGUGUAACACAGAGUGCACACAGUGGAGGAAGAGAGAGUGUAACGCCCCUGCACCCCAGAACGGAGGAAAAGACUGUGACGGAGUCACGCUUCUGUCGCAGAACUGCACUGAUGGACUCUGCCUGCAAAGUUCAGUAUAUCAGCUAUCCGUUCAGCCUAAAGGGACGGGAGAGGAGGGGUUUACAUCGGCUCCGGGUGGAGAUGAGGUGGCGCUGUACGUGGGCAUCAUCAUGGCGGUGGUCAUGUGUCUGGUCGUCUCUGUUAUCGUGGCUCUGCUCGUGUAUCGCAAGACGCAUCGGCGCUUUCACUCUGACAUCAUCGACUCGUCUGUGCUGAACGGUGGCUUUCAGCCUGUCAGCAUCAAGCAGGCGCGCUCAGCAGAUCUGCUGGCCGCGACCCCUGACCUGUCCACAGCGGCGGCGCUGUAUCGCGGUCCAGUUUAUGCCCUCCACGACAUCUCAGACAAAAUCCCCAUGACCAGCUCCCCUCUGCUGGAGCCACUGCCACUUCCAAACCUCAAGAUCAAAGUCUACAACUCCUCGGGCACCGUGACCCCUCAGGACGACAUGACCUCUGACCUCUCCGCCACCCUGUCCCCGAAGGUCACCCACUCUCUUCUGGACAGCGACCCCAUGACCCCACGCAACCAGACGCUGGCACGCACACGGGAUCCCACGUGCACAGCGUUCGGGUCCUUCAACUCGCUGGGAGGUCAUCUGAUCAUUCCCAACUCAGGUGUGAGUUUGUUGGUUCCAGCCGGUGCGAUUCCUCAGGGUCGUGUGUACGAGAUGUUUGUGACCGUACAGAGGACAGAGAGCAUGAGGCCGGCGGUCGGUGACGGGGAGGCGGUUCUCAGCGCUGUGGUCAGCUGUGGUCCCGCGGGCGCCCUGUUGACCCGUCCCGUCAUCCUCACGCUACACCACUGCUCGCACGCCCACUCCGACGACUGGCAAAUCAUCCUCAAGAGCCUCACGCAGCAGGACCAAUGGGAGGACGUGGUUGUGGUUGGAGAGGAGAACUUCACGACUUCCUGUUACGUGCAGCUGGGAGAGGAGGCGUGUCACAUCCUGACCGAGACUCUGGGCUCCUACUGUCUGAUUGGCCAGAGCCUCUGUCCGUCAGCGGCUAAGCGAAUCAAACUAGCCGUGUUUGGGCCUGUGGUCACACCCGGUGUAGACUACCACAUCAGAGUUUACUGCCUCGACGACACGCAGGACACACUCAAAGAGGUGCUGCAGAUCGAAAAACAGAUCGGCGGGAAACUACUCGAUGAACCGAAGUCUCUGAACUUCAGUCACAGCAACCACAACCUGAGACUGUCGAUACAUGACAUCCACUCGCAGUGGAAGAGCAAACUACUCACCAAAUACCAGGAGCUGUGUUUCUCUCAGGUGUGGAGCGGAUCCGUGCGGCGGCUGCACUGCUCCUUCACUCUGGAGCGUCAGAGUGUGUGUGUGUGUGAGCUGUGCUGUAAGCUGUGUGUGAGACAGGUGGAGGGAGAAGGUCAGAUCUUCCAGCUCUACACCACCCUGAGUGAGGACGUCCAGAGCAUCGACACAUCCCUGAUGGACCCGGGCAGCAGUAUCACAGUGUUGGCCGGUCCGAGCGCGUUCAGAAUCCCCGUCAGCAUCAGGACCAAACUGUGCAGCAGCCUGGACGCCCCACACACACGCGGCAACGACUGGAGAAUACUGGCACACAAGCUCAACCUGGACAGGUAUCUCAACUACUUUGCGACUAAGACGAGUCCCACCGGAGUGAUUCUGGACCUCUGGGAAGCUCAACACUUCCCACACGGCAACCUCAACCAGCUCGCCACGGUUCUGGAGGAGAUGGGUCGUCAUGACAACAGCAUUGCUGCCAUGGCGAAGGAACAAUGACCCUUACAAUAGCGGCGAUGUCUAAGCUGAGGAUAAUUGAGCUCGAGUUGAGCUGCCACUUUCAUCGAGCUGAAACAACCAUCAAACCCGAGACAGUCAAAGCAUCGGAGUCCGUGACCUUUGGCAUCUUAUUCCGUUUCCAUGGAGAUCUGCGCGGAUGCUGCCGAUUUGGGGUUGAAUGCAGGGCUGGGGGGGGGGGUCAAAGGUGAACCAGGAACAGGGUCAAAACACUUUAAGCAACCAAAAAUCUUUGGAAAACCCUCCAGUUUGCACACGUGCAGAAACCUCCCGCAUCAUCUCCCGUUUCUGCAGGAAUGUGUGGUGCCAUCUAGUGGUUACAGAAACAACACGCGCUCGUGUAAUAUAGUAUUUUGAGACCUGAAUACAGUAUUUAGUGUGUCUACAGAGUACCUUAAAGUGGCCUUUCAAAUGCGGUUAACGUUCAGAUCUGAUUAGGAUUGUAUUAUUUUUGUAAGAGCCGUGACAUAUAUGCGUGUUGCUUUGUUGAACAAAAGUGCAGAUGAGCACUUGCAGGGAUUUGAGGAUAAUGUUGCUCUUCGAUGUGUGAUGUGACGUCACACUGUAAUGAUCUUCACUGGCCGGACGGGUUCUGCAUGGGCUGUUUCUGUUGUGCAUCGAUCUCAACGUUUAUGCAUUUCACUCUACUAUAUGCAUAACACUUUUAAAAAGAGGCAAUUGUAUAAAAAUAAAAAAGAAACCUUCCUAUGGUGGUGACUAUAUGUGCCAGAAUGUGAUGGAUACAACAGUUAUUAUUACCCUUUCACACUGCAAUCCCAGUAAAUUAGUGUCAUAAUUACCAGUGUGACUUUACCGGGAAAUGCACGAAUAUCCUGUUCACAGAACAUACCGUUACCGUUCACACAUCAGCAACAAAAAUCCCGCCGAAUGUCAGUCAUGAGAAAAACACGCCAACUGCCCACUCUUAGAAUGGUUCUAUUUAGAACCAGAAAUGGUUCCAUCCCCCGCUUCAUAUAUGGAACUCCAAAAUGGUUCUAUA